ACUACUUUCUUGUGCUUUGCAUAGACAACGCUAACUUAUAUUUAAUGUUAACAAUAGCUCAUUUAGAUGUGUCCGGACCGUGCAACACUUUAGUAUUACUGAGAAGCUUGCCUGCAAGUGGCUGAAGCGUUUGUUGUGAUAUGAAAGUGGGUCUGAAGUGAUUGGAUGAGAUGCUGUCCACCGGUCCAGAGCUGCGGCUACUGCGGCUUUUGUCUUGUGUAACUCUUGUCUUACUUUUUCAAGUCACCGACGCCAAGAGGGAUUUAAAAAGCGCCUGUACCACCUGCCAGCAAAUCACGGAUAACUUCAGCAAGGGCUUUGACAGAACAGCAAAGCAGAACUUCGGUGGAGGCAACACAGCCUGGGAGGAGAGGAAACUGUCUAAAUAUGAGACAAGUGAGAUUCGUCUGAUGGAGAUUGUGGAGGGGCUAUGUGAAAGCAGCAGCUUUGAGUGCAAUCGCAUGGUUGAAGAGCAUGAAGAGCACUUUGAGACUUGGUGGUUCAAGAGAAAAACAAAACAUCCUGACCUGCAUAAGUGGUUCUGCAUUGAAACCAUCAAAGUGUGCUGUCCGAAGGGAACGUUUGGACCUGACUGCAAUGCCUGUGUGGGCAGCUCUGAGAGACCCUGUCACGGAAAUGGAAUGUGUGAUGGCGACAGGACUCGUGGAGGGAACGGAAAGUGCAGCUGUAACCAUGGUUAUGAAGGGGAGUCCUGCCUGGACUGCAUCGACGGCUACUUCAACGAAGUGAGGAACGACACCUUCUCCCUUUGCACAGAAUGCCACUCUUCAUGCAAGACCUGCACUGGAGCAACCAAUCAGGACUGUGAUGAGUGCAAGGAAGGCUGGGAGGAGGAUGAGCAGGAAGCUUGUGUCGAUGUGAAUGAGUGCUCCACUGAAUCCUCUCCAUGUAAAGAAGAUCAAUACUGUGUUAACACAGAAGGCUCCUACUCCUGCAAGGCUUGUGACAGAGUUUGCUCUGGCUGUACUGGAGCUGGUCCUGAUAAGUGCCAGGCUUGUGCCAGCGGGUACCAGGACGCAGAGGGCACCUGCACAGAUAUCGAUGAGUGUUCCCAGUCAGAGUCGGUGUGUACAAAGGAGCACCAGGAGUGUGUCAACAAUAAAGGCAGCUACGUGUGCAUCUGUUCAAGUGGCUAUGAGGAGCAGGAGGACGAGUGUGUCCAAAUGAUGCAGCCAGAACAAGCAGAAGAGUCAGAAGCAUCCGAGACGACCACAAGUCCACACGGGGAACUUUGAUGUCAAAACUGGGAUCAUGAGGAGCGAAUCAGGAAGAACUGUUGAAAUCUGCCACAUCUGAAGCUGCUUGUUUUUAAAAAAAUUGCCGACUACAUGCACUUAAUGUACCAGCUGCACUUAGAACCAACAAAAGCUGCCAAGACAGUGUUUUCCAGCAGUGGAUCAUGGAUUAAAGGACAAAAAAAAGAGACACUUUAUGCUCAGUAUGCUGGUCAUUGUUGCUUUUCUCUGGUGUACGCAAACUACCACUCAUUGUCUUUAGUUGUUCUAUGGUUUUAAAAAUCAAAGGUGUUUCAAUAAAGGUGAAUUAUGUUAAAUUUAAGGUAAA